CAAAGCAUAGGAAUAGUGCAAAUGGGAAGUCAUUACGCUCAAGGCAAUUGGUUGGAAACAGAUUCUGCUGAAGACGAGCAAGAUUUGGGAAGGUACGAUGGGGACAGGAAUGAAAAUGACGAAAGGCAUGGAGUAGGGAGAGCAAUUUUGCCUGGAGGAGACGUCUAUGAAGGAGAGUACAAGGAUGGAAAAAGACACGGAAAGGGAAAAUAUAAAUUUAUUAAUGGUGCAAGUUAUAUUGGCGAUUAUUUCGAAGGCAAGAGGCAAGGAAAUGGCACCUUCCUUUACCCUGAUGGAUCUGUUUACCAAGGUGAAUGGAAAGAUGGAGCUCGAUCAGGGAAAGGACGGUAUGUCUAUCCAAAUGGUGAUGUCUACCAUGGCAUGUGGAAAGACGACAAGAGAAACGGGAAAGGAGAGUAUAUUUACAAAGGAAAACAAAUCAAGUACAAUGGUAACUGGGUGAAUGGCGGUUUUGGUGGCAAAGGCAAGAUUACAACAACUCAAUAUGAAUUUGAAGGAAAUUAUGAAGAUCAGGAGCCAAUUGGAGUGGGUCGUUAUGAUUUUAACGUGGGAUGUACACAGAUUGGUGAGUACUCUUUCAAGAGAAUCGUUGUGAAGAAGAACGACACGCGUGAAGUGUAUCAUAUACCCAAGUGGAGGUGUUGCCGUUUAUGCUACGCAGAAAAGAAAGAUGAGCCCAACAACACUGAUGAAUSUCCUGAUGUUGAUUGA